AUGGACGACCAAAACAAGGAUGAAGCCAUUGAAGUGAUUGAAGAAAAGGGACAGCGUCUUAUGUUUACUGACAAAGCACGUAAACGCAUCUACUCUGUGAAGCUUGUUCAGUUCCUCAACUAUAUUCCUGGACCUUAUUCGGAGGAGCUCGAUUUUGUUCGUAGCAGUAUAGGAAGUGCUUGGGCUCCCGUUGUCCUUUCCUGCAAAAACAUUCUGAUGUGCAGGUUAGAUUCUAGGUUCCAUUUGGUUAACCCUUUAACCAAGGAAAUGAAGAAAGUACCAAAUUCACCACAAACAAAGAAGUCUUAUUCUUGGGAGGUACAUGGGUUUGGAUUUGAUGACUCCACUAAUCAAUACAAGGUGGUUGAAGCGAAGGGAUGCACAGAUGGACUUGUGUUUAGUGUCUAUGAAUCUCUGACUGAUUCUUGGAGAAAGAUCAAGGGCAUGUUUCCGUACAAAGAACCUCGUCUUUGCAAGAAGAGUGGCACGGUACUGAAUGGGGGUGUUCAUUGGUUCGUCAAGCGAGAUGAAUCCUUGGUGAUUAUAUGUUUCCGCUUAGCAGAGGAAGAGGUUACAGAAAUCCAAGUACCACCAAAUUGGAACAAUCAAACAGUAGAACUGGGCCUCUUCAGAGAUAGCUAUGUAUUACAUCAAUCUCAGUAUCAGGAGAAUUAUGCAGUGAGACGUUUUGGGUGA